CUAGCCGCCGCCCAGCUGAUCUGCUUUUCGGAUGUCAACCAACGGCUUGAGUUGGAGUUGCUGAAACAAAAACGACGCCAAACGAAUGAAGCGGCACAGAGGGACCACCACCUAGCCAUAAGUAUUGGCUUAAGAUGAUCAAGUUGCAGGCAUUGCCGGUGAUAGGAACCGGCUCGUAUCACAACUUUCGAUGCGGCGAGGUGCUGUGCAAUAGCCCCACCAGCUACGACAUAUGCUGCUCCUUAUGCGGGCAGCGACUGCCAUUUGACGAAUUUCCGCAGCACUUCCGACUGCAGCAUCUGGGACAGGCGGCGGUGGACGAUUGCAAGCUGUUCGAGGCCACCAUAAAGAUUGAAGAUGAUCCCAUUGCCCACGAGAGCGGCGAGUUGGAUGAGCAGGAGAAUGUGGAUCUGGAGCACAUAUCAGCGAUCGAUGAGGGUCAGGCCUUGGAUGCCGAUUCCCCACCACUCCGACAAUGGGAGACUGCCAUGAAAAACACUCUCGUGGAGACGGAGGAGGCGCUUUUGGACUUGGACCCGGACCCCGAGUGGACGGGCGAGGCCAGCGAGCCAAUUGAAAACGCCGAAGAUGAUGCAGAGCCACCCCACCUCAAGGACGACACCAAGGACAUGUUGUUCCAGUGCGAUCAGUGCGAUCGGGCGUACAACAGCAAGCGGAGCCUGCAGAGUCACAGACGUGUCAAGCACAACGACAAGGAUGGCGCCGUGCGGAAGCGAAACCGGGGACCGGCCAAGGUCUAUACAUGCCCCGAAGCGGAAUGCAAUCAGACAUUUCGCACGGAGCGCGACCUGCACGGCCAUAGAUGGAAGCACACGGGCAUCUUCUGUGACAUCUGCGGCAAACCGUUCACCCAAUCGGGCAACAUGAUGCGCCACCGUCAGCGCCACAGCGGCAUCAAGCCAUACAAGUGCCAGGAGUGCGAGGCUACCUUCUAUACCCAGAAGGAGCUCACCUCUCACAACAUUUGCCAUACGGGCCGGAUGCCGUGCAUCUGUGAGGUGUGCGGUCGGCCCUGCCGCGAUCGCGGAGUCCUCACCGCCCACAUGCGACGACACACUGGCGAGCGGCCGGCCAAGUGUGAUGUUUGCGGCAAGGCCUUCUACAGCUUUCACGACCUCAACGUUCACGCCGUCUCGCACACGAAUCAUCGGCCCUUUGUCUGCGACGUCUGUGGCUCCACGUUCCAGCGCAAGAAGGCCCUGCGCGUGCACAAGCUACUCCACACGGAGCGGCGUAAAUACCCCUGCAAGAUGUGCAACAAGACAUUUGCCCAAUCCGGCGGCCUUAACGCACAUAUGCGCACCCACGAAUUGCCCAAAACCAAGGGAACGACUGCCACCACCGCCGGCAACAGCAGCAACAGCAGCAGCAGCAGCAAGAGUGCCGCAAGCCCACAAGUAGUUAAGCAGCUGCAGACGGUGACCAUCGAGCUCAUAGACGAGAAUACGCCCGCCUCGACGACAACCAUCACAAUGGCCAUAGACUUGAAUGUGGAGGGGGCGGACAGCAACUCCCACUCCCAUUCCGACACUGCAACAAGCGCUGGUGCUGGUGCUGGUGCCGGUGCCGGUGCCGGUGCUGGCACUUGGCAGGUCUCGUAGACACGUCUAUGCAACUAAGUAGUUUAUUAAGAAAUUAAGUCAUUAAGUAGCUGCCAUGCCCCGUCUGCCUGCCGUACACAGAGGGCACCCACACGGGGAGUGUCA